AUGGCGGGCAUCGGCAGCAAGGCUAGCAAGCUCCGGGUGAUGCUGGAAAUGCUGCAGGAUUUUCAAAACAGUCUCAGAGGUGACAAGACAUUCUUCAUUGCGGCGUUGCUCGCAAUGAGACAUGACCGGCUGGCCGUGUUCUUCGGGUCCGCAGGCGCACUGGCUGCAAUGACCGCCUUGAGUGCCACCAUCGGCCUGGUCCUCCCCAAGCUGAUGCCCAGAAAGUACACUCAUUGGGCCGCAGUGGCGCUCUUCGUGUACUUCGGCCUGAAGCUCCUUUGGGAGGCUCUUCAGAUGUUGCGCAGCGGAAGUGGUUGUGGGGCCUGCGAAGUUGAUCUGAACGGGCAUGCUGCAGUCGUCUCUUGCCCGUUGAUCGCUUACUGUCGAAUCUCUAGAAAAGUUGUGGAUGCACGGACGAUUGCGCCGGCCGCAUGCCUCACUGUGCCAUGCCAGACGACUAACAUCAACCAGCAGAUGCAGAGCGAUGUUGGGCAGCUUGAGCGGGCACUUACGGCUGCUUUGGAGGUCGUGGAGGCUCAACGGGCCCAACUUGCUGCGGCCCAGGAGGAGGCUGCUCGACUCCAGCUUGAGUUGGAACGCGAGCAGCAGGCACGCACUGCAGCCGAGGAGAAGCUUCGUGAAGCUUCCGUCGAGUUUGCGAGGAAGUUGUCAUCCAUGCAGGCAAAGGUUGUUGAAGCAGAGCGAGACGUCGUUCUUGGUGGACAGAUCCUGCUUACAAGAAGAACGCCCAGCAGCGCGGCGGCGGCUUCAGCCUGUUCAGAAGGUUCCUUGCGCGUGCCGGGAGAAACUCCCCGGCGCUUGGCGCCGGUGCCACCGCCGCCUCGCGAUUCGGAGGAGCCAGGUUUCAGCCGUGCCCAGUGCUUCACGCACCGAGGCCCAGCGGGUCCUUCGGCUGCUCCGCCGGGAUCCUCCGGCCGGCGCACACGGUCUGCACAGCAUCGGCUCUCACCGAUCGAGCCGCAUUCCCUGAGCUGUUGUGCUAUAGUCUGCAGGCCCUUUCCCCGUGCUCAGAAAUUGGAGAAUAGUGCCGGGGCGCAAAAUAACGGAAUCUUUGCUUCGGCCCUUGUGGAUCUUACGCCUAGCGAAGAGCUGGAGGAGGUAGAGCAGAGCCUGAAGGAGCAGAGCCCCAAGGCAAAGCAGACCUGGGCCGUGGCUGGCCAGGCGCUGACCCUGACCUUCUUGGCCGAGUGGGGUGACCGCUCCCAGAUCUCGACCAUUGCUCUAGCUGCAGCGAAGGACCCGCUGGGGGUGACGCUGGGUGGCAUAAUUGGCCACUCGUGUUGCACGAGCCUUGCGGUCCUCGGGGGCCGUGUCCUGGCCGAGCACAUCUCCGAGCGGAUGGUCGUCACUGCCGGUGGGGUCCUUUUCCUUUGCUUUGCCCUGCAUGGAGCGAUUGUCGGCUCGGACUGA